AUGAUGGUUUUCAAUGAAGGGAAGGGAAAUAGUCUCACAAGAUGCAUAGAGAAGGAAAGGCAAGCUCUUCUUCGGUUCAAAGAAAGUCUCGAAGAUAAUGCGAACAUACUUUCUUCUUGGAAAAGCAGCGAUGAAGAUUGUUGCGCAUGGAAACGAAUCAGGUGCGAUAAUCACUCUAAUCAUGUCAUCAUGCUUGAUCUUGGUUCCAACAAAUCUAGCUUUAUAGCUUCCCAUGAAAUUAACUCUGCUCUAAUUGAAUUACAUCAUUUGAAGUACUUGGACCUAAGUUAUAACAAGUUUAGUACUACUAUUCCAAAGUUCAUUGGCUCUCUCAAAAGACUCCAGUAUCUGAACCUUUCUGGGAAUCCAUUGUCUGGAACCAUUCCUUCCCAGAUUCAAUACCUCACCAAAUUGAAAACUCUUGAUCUUGACAAUAAUCGAUUGGUGGGUCCUUUUCCAAAUAAUUUGAGCCAAUUUCUUCUCAUUUUGAGAUUAAACAACAACAACCUCACAGGCCCAUUGCCUGAUCUUUCACACUUGUCAUCUUUGAGAGAGUUCAAUAUUGCUAACAAUAGGCUGAACAAUACUUUACCAGAAAGUAUUGGUAAGCUACAUAAUUUAAGGGUGUUAGAUGUUUCUUCAAAUUCAUUCACUGGGGUCUUCUCAGAAAUCCAUGUAGAAAAUCUUAUCAACUUGAAGCAACUAGCUUUGUCUUUCAACUCCUUGUUGGAAUUUAAGUUUAACACCAAUUGGGUUCCCCAGUUUCAAUUGAAUGCCAUAGAGUUGAGUUCUUGCAAGUUGGGUCCCCAAUUCCCAAGUUGGCUCCAAACCCAACUAAAUCUUUCCAUUAUUGAUCUUUCUAAUUCUAGAAUUUCUGAUACAAUUCCUCCCUGGUUUUGUAAUUUGACCUCCAAUUUAAAGCACUUGAAUCUAUCCUUUAAUCAAAUUACUGGAUCCUUGCCCAAUUUUUCUUUGAGCAGUCAUAAUGAUUUUCCAAUAGUUGAUUUGAGUUCAAACAAAUUUUAUGGAGCUAUUCUACAAUUUCUUUCCAAAGCAUAUAUGUUGGAUCUCUCUAGUAAUAAUUUGAGCAGCUUUGGACUUUUCCUAUGCUCUGAAAUGAUUGGAGAGCCACAAAUAGAGAUUCUUGACCUCUCUAACAAUUUUUUAUCUGGAAGACUUCUUUAUUGCUGGUGGAGAUUCAAAAAUCUUCAUGUUCUCAAUUUGGAAAGCAACAAAUUGUUUGGUACCAUCCCUAGCUCAAUCGGUUACUUGCACAAAAUAUUAACGCUGAGCUUGAGGCACAACAAUUUGUCUGGAGUUUUACCCACAUCCCUAAACAAUUGUACCAAUUUAAAAUUUUUAGAUGUUGGAGAAAACAAUUUAGAGGGAAAAGUGCCUACAUGGAUUGGUGAAAGACUAACAAAUUUGAUGGUUCUUGAUCUAAAUGCAAAUAGCUUCAAUGGAAGCAUACCAUCAAAUUUGUGCAAUCUUCAUUAUAUUCAAAUAUUGGACCUUUCUGAAAAUAACAUCCAUGGAAGUAUUCCACCUUGCAUGGAUAAUUUCACUUCAAUGGUUCAUAGUUCAAACAUGGAUGAUGAUAAGACUAAGCCAGAAGGAUUUCUUGGCAGUGAUUCCCACAAUCUAGAGUUGUAUAAAUUGGCAAUUGUGUGGAAAGGAGUGAAGCAUGUGUGUGGAAAAAGUAUUGUCUUUAUGAGACUUAUUGAUCUAUCAAGUAACAGAUUAGAAGGAGAGAUUCCUAAAAGAUUAACAAAUCUUUUGGAAUUAAUUCAAUUUAAUCUUUCAAGGAAUCAUUUGAGUGGAUCACUGCCUGAGAAUAUUGGGCAAUUGCAAAAACUUGAGUCAUUAGAUUUGUCACACAAUCAGUUUUCUGGUAAAGUACCACAAAGUUUGGCCAAUAUGUCUUUUUUGGGGUAUUUGAACUUGUCCAAUAACCAAUUGAAUGGAAAAAUUCCUUCAAGUACUCAACUACAAAGUUUUGACACCUCUUCAUAUCUUGGGAACCAAGGACUAUGUGGCCAACCUUUGAAAAUCACAUGCCCUGAAAAUGAAACUCCUUCAGAUUCAAGUGCUCAUGAAAGUGAUAAUGAAUGCAAUGAAGAAUGGCUUGACAUGUCAUGGUUUUAUAUGGGAAUUUUUGUUGGAUUUACAAUUGGAUUUUGUGGAGUUUGUGGGAAUUUGUUGCAAAGUACUACUUCUGGCAGACUUGCCUGUUCACAGUUCUUGCAUAACUUUGGAGUUUGGUUUUACGUGAGAAUUAUUAGUGUCGAAGCGGCUAUACUACUGAUGAUGAGAAAGUUUUCCAUUUGAUAAGAACUCAUCAGAUGAUGGAGUGAAGAUAGUAGAUCUGGAAACAUCAAAAUUAUGUUGGUAGCGCAUCAGAGAAGAACUAAUUAAGAAGCCAAUUUACCAGCAUUGGACUGACAAUAAGUAUGGACCAAAGUCGAGCUAUUAGUGGCUACGAAGAAUGAGAAGUUGAUGUUUAGUUAUUAAAGGAGACUGCGACGAUAUUUUUGCGAUGAUAUGUUGUCUUAAAAAACAUACAGAGACGACUUUUGUCGUUGUCGUAGGCAUGUUUCUG